AUGAAAUACAGCCGUGGAUCCGGCUUUCAGAAAGACCCGCAGCUGGCCUAUGAAUGGCACAAGAAGGCACAUGAAGCUGGCCAUGUGAGAGGAACUGCCGCUCUUGGGAGCUGUCUCGUGAAUGGAUCAGGUGUUACGCAAUGUUUUCCACUUAGCAUGGUUUACUUGACUCAGGCUGCGACUUCAGGGUCCGCUCUUGCCGCAUUGUAUACAGCAGGAGCCUUUGCAAUGGGGCUUUAUGGUAUACCUAAGAAUGAGAAAGAGGCCAUUUUUUGGCUCCGCAAGAGCCUUGGAAAUUGUGCAUACCCAAACACAGUCGACCACAACGAAGCGAAAGCCCAGGCACUGUUGGAUGACCUGUUGAAGAGCCAUGAUGAUGCUGCAGAGGAGGGAUCUGCCUCUUCCUCCUCUGAAGAGUCAGUGGAGGACUCUGAUUCUUAG